UUCCCACGGUUUCAAGUCCAUAGAUUGAAAAAGAUCCAGUGAGGUGCGUCCAUCCUCAAAAAGUCGAAUUUUUAACAAUCCUCUCGUGAACUUGGUUGCGUUUUGUAGGGGAGAAGUAUCCAUUUUUUAAUUCAUUUCUGCUACGCGGAUCCAGUUGGGUAGUGGGCACCAGCCUCGCAAGCGAGUGAAGGAAGUAGAAGAGCGGCCGUGAGCGAAGAAUGUGGACUCUUCCUCUGUUGCCAUCUCCUUUCAGUAGAGGAAAGGAACAAAUCAUAGAGAUUUGAGGUAAAAGAUGAGACCUUUGAAUUGAAACAGAGGCUAUGAUGCAAUGCCGCUUGAGUUCCUGAGAUCUCCCCCCUUGAAAAAGCUGGGAUUUUCUGACAGCGUGGGUGAUGUCGAGGCCUCUUUCCCGGUGGUCGACAGGCGGCGGGCGGGUCAGCGGCAUCUCCGACCGAGACCCAUUCGAUCCGGAUUACUCGAAGGAUUUUGCUGAGAAUGGUUUCGGGCACGAGGCUGGAGCUUGUAAGAGCCGGCAGAGAACAGCCCUUCCCUUCCUCAAGCUAUGCCUGGCCCUUGCAAUAGUGCUUGCCCUCGUGGGUUCCCUUUCUUGGACCAUAUCCAUCUCCACCUCAUCUCAGGUUCCCAUCUACCGAGGCUACCGCCGUCUCCAACAGCAGCUUGUCUCAGACCUCUCAGAGAUCGGCGAGCUAUCACUUGCUUCUGCCAAGUUGAGGGAGCUUGAAUUCUGCUCAUCUGAGUUUGAGGAUUAUGUCCCAUGUUACUACAAUGUUUCGGAGAGUUUCGAUGCAGGAGAUCCUGAUCGAACAAUUGAGUAUGAGCGCCAGUGUGUUCAGCAAUCUGCCGAGGAUCAUGGCUGUUUGGUUCUACCACCGAGGAAUUAUAGAAUUCCCUUGAGGUGGCCGAGUGGAAGAGAUUUCAUUUGGAAGGAGAAUGUGAAGAUCACUGGGCAUGAGUUCUCCUCUGGGAGCUUGACAAAGAGAAUGAUGGUGGAAGAAGAGCAGAUCUCGUUUCGCUCGGACUCCCUCAUGGUUGAUGGAGUAGAAGAUUAUUUACAUCAGAUAGCAGAGAUGAUUGGGCUGGAAAACGAGUCUAAUUUUAAUGAUGCAGGGAUCAGAACUGUCUUAGAUAUAGGGUGUGGCUUUGGUAGCUUUGGAGCACACAUCUUCUCCAGACAGCUGCUGACUAUGUGUAUUGCGAACUAUGAGCGCUCGGGUAGUCAAGUCCAAAUUACUCUUGAAAGAGGCCUGCCUGCUAUGAUUGGUUCAUUUGCAUCUAAACAGUUGCCAUACCCAUACCUCUCUUUUGAUAUUGUGCAUUGUGCAGGAUGUGACAUUGACUGGGAGAAGAAAGAUGGCAUUUACUUGACUGAGGUUGACAGACUCUUAAGGCCUGGAGGUUACUUUGUCUGGACUUCACAUAUGAAUACUCAAAGAUCACUGCAUGAUAAAGAUAAUCAAAAGAAGUGGUCACUCAUUCGUGAUUAUGCUGAGAAAGUCUGCUGGGAUAUGCUGUCGCAACAAGAUGAGACAAUUGUAUGGAAAAAGACUACCAAGAAGAAAUGUUACAGAUCUCGGAAAUCUGGACCUGCUGUUUGUGACAGAACAAUUGAUCUUGAGUCUCCAUAUUACCAACCACUCAAUCCUUGCAUAGCAGGAACCAGAAGUCAGAGAUGGAUUCCUAUUGAACACCAGAGACCAUGGCCUUCUCGAGCUAUGUUAAACUCCACUGAACUAGAUAUCUAUGGAUUACAGUCAGAGGAAUUUGCAGGGGAUGCAUUGAACUGGAAGUCUGUGGUUCAUGAUUAUUGGUCUCUUCUUUCACCUUUGAUAUUCUCAGAUCAUCCAAAGCGACCUGGUGAUGAAGAACCUUCCCCUCCUUUCAACAUGCUUAGAAAUGUACUAGACAUGAAUGCUCGGUUUGGUGGCUUUAAUGCUGCUUUAUUGGAUGCUGGGAAGGCUGCAUGGGUUAUGAAUGUGGUUCCCACAAAUGGUCCUAACUACCUUCCUCUUAUCUUUGAUAGGGGAUUCAUUGGUGUUCAGCAUGAUUGGUGUGAAGCAUUUCCAACAUAUCCAAGAACAUAUGAUAUGGUGCACGCUGAAGGAUUGCUAACACUUGAGACCUAUCAAAGGCACAGGUGUUCCAUGCUUGAUAUAUUCUUGGAGAUAGAUCAUAUUCUCAGACCUGAGGGUUGGGUGAUAAUUCGUGAUAAAGAUCCUCUCAUUGAAGCAGCCCGAUCUGUUAUUGCACAACUAAGAUGGGAUGCACGCAUGAUGGAGCUUGACAAUGACAGCAAUAAGAAACUCCUAGUUUGUCAGAAACCCUUCUUCAAGAAACAACACAAAUAGAUAAGAUUUACUAUAUCUUGUUUUUCAAAAGGUAUACAGUAUUCAAUUAUUUUGUGGAUGGUAAUUGUCAUAAAGCCCUAUCAUAAAGCGGGUAGCAAUAAAAGUUAGAACAAAGGAAGAGGUGAGAAGAAUUUGUGGCGGAUUUGAGCUCAUGCUGCUGUGGAACCGCAAGGUCUCCAUAGAUCUUGUAAUUAAGCAAAUGCAGGUUGGAGAGUAUAGUGUAGGCUCAGUUUUUUCAUUAAAAGGUUGUUGUAAGGAUAGAAUAAUGAAUGCUUGCAAGUGACUAAUAGACUGUGAAAAGGAUCAUAAACUAAAUGAAUGAUGCUGUAACAUAAGUACUCGAUAUGACCAAAGCAUUAUGCAAGUGUAUUAUUUGUUAUUACCAAAGCAAUAUGCAAUUGUAUUUUGUUCUUUUCUUCAUUG